GCCAUCUUCCACUUUCAGUGCUCAUUCAUUUUUCUGAGCAUUAAAGAAAAGGCAAAAGAGAUUCUUUAGCACUCUUCUCAGCUUCCUCCUCCCUCCUAGAUUUUUAUUUCCUUUUAACCAAAGCUGGGAUUUGCUUUCUUCCCCAUCUGUCUCUUUCUCUCUCUUUUUUCUCUCCUUCCAUCUCUCUCUUGAGUAUUCUCCUUUUGACAUGAUCACUUCGCUGCUUCCUCCCCACACCCCAUCCACUGAGCUCAAUCCCACCCAUGCCCUGAAAGAUCCUUAGCGCCAUGGACCUGCCGGGUGGUGAUGGUGGCUGCUCCUCCCAGGCCCAUGGGAUCCGCAGACAGGACAUCCAGGCAGCGAUGCUUAAGGCGGCAGAGCUGAGGGCUCUCCACGCAGCGCUGCUCCAAGGGGGCUCCGGCGGUAGCCCCACAGUCGCGAUGCUGGCUGCGGGCGGUUCCCAUUCAGUUCCCCAUGCCGCCACCCAGCUGUCGGUACAGGAAGAUUACCCUGUCUUUACGCCGAGUUAUGAAGGGGAUCCCCUUCCUGGAUACGACUGUCCUCAUCCAGAGAAUAGAAGUUUAUCACAAACAUGGAAUGCCAUUAGUAUGGAAGGAGAAAGAAAAAUUAAUGAAGCAGUUGCCUAUGAUACUAAAAGCCUGAACAAUGAACCACAGGUUUCCUCUAUAGUUGAGCUAAUAUCGAAGAGAACUUCAAGCAUCAACCGCAUGCUGCAAGUUCAAAUUCCAGAAGCCAAUAGUUUGAAGUCCUUGAGUGGAAGAACAGGUUCAGGUGAAUGCAGUACUACCGCAAUGCAGGACACAUGCAAGCAGGAAACUUCAUUGGAGAUGGAUGCAGAUCGAAAAAAACUCAAAAACACAAAAGGAAUGGUUGCAUCAUGGAAACCAGAACAAUCUGAGAAAAUGCACCCAAAACACAGAGGUCUGGUUCUUUCCUGGUUAUUCCCAAAAUCAAGAAAAACAAACAAACCAGAGAAUACGUCCCAACUUCCUAAAAUCUUUGAAAUGUCACCCAGAACAGUGAAAUCAGAGGAUACGUCCCAACUGCUGAAAGAAUGGGGAGUUCUUUCGCUAGAAUCACUCAAGAAGGAGCUCAUGGUGGCCAAUGAAAAUAAGGAUGCUGCACUGGCAGAAGUUUCGGCAAUGCGAUGCUCAUUGGGUGAACUGCAACAGAAGCUGGUCAGUUUAGAAGCAUACUGCAAAGAGCUGAAUAAGGCCUUGAAGCAGGCUUCGCAUGCCAAGAGCACCCUGGUUCAGGACAAGCCCAACUUGUCAAAGAGAUCCACUGGCAGCAAAAGAGAGAAUAUGAUGCCCGUGAGUGAAGAGGUAAUGCUGGAGGGCUUCUUGCAGAUCGUAUCGGAAGCAAGGCUUUCUGUCAAGCAGUUUUGCAAGACGCUCAUCCAACAGAUCAAAGAAACUGAUGAUGAUUUGUCAGACAAAAUAAAUUUGCUUCUGCAACCACAUCAUCUGAUGUUAAAUAGCAAGUACUUAAAAGGAGUAAUUUACCACUUGGAAGCGCUUGUAAAUCAAUGUCUAUAUCAGGAUUUUGAGAACUGCGUGUUCCGUAAGAAUGGAUCGCCAAAGUUGCUUGAUCCUCAACGAGAGUGUCAAGAGAACUUCUCAUCUUUUGUUGCCCUUCGGAAUUUGAGCUGGAACGAGGUCGUGCAAAAGGGGGCCAAGGUUUAUAGUGAAGACUUCAGCAAGUUUUGUGAUCAAAAGAUGGGCUGCAUUAGUACCAUGCUGAAUUGGUCAAGACCAUGGCCUGAAGAGCUUCUCCAGUGCUUCUUCAUUGCUGCCAAAUGCAUUUGGUUGCUCCAUUUGCUUGCCUUUUCCUUCAGCCCACCUCUGACUAUCUUGCGGGUUGAGGAAGAUCGCAACUUUGAUCCUAUCUACAUGGAGGAUAUUCCCUUAGAGAGGCACAAAGCACAGGGCCCUGCUCGGGUAAAGAUGAUGGCAAUGCCAGGAUUUUAUGUUCAAGAUAGGGUGCUAAAGUGCAGGGUUCUUUGCAGGCAUGGCUCUUUACCAUAAGUAUUCAUUCUGUAGAUCUAUUACUUUUAGCAGCAAUCUAGGGCGAUCAAUAUUGAUGUUCCAUUAUCAUAUUUCAAGCUUCUUCUCUUUUGUUCAAGUAUAGGCUUAAGAAAAAUGUAGCAAUUUGUAUCCAACUGUGAAUUGGAUCUCCUAAUCAAAGUUGAUUUAAGAUUGC